AUAACAAACACACGUGAAUUCAGUUUUGUCCUAAAAAAUUAAGAAAAAAUAUUAUUUUUGACGAAAAAUGACUGAAGAAGUGCAAAAUGAGGUAGAAGCAUUCAAAAAACGUGGGAAAAAGAGGAAAAGUUUCAUGCAAAAUGCCAAAAGUUUUGCGCGAAAAGGAAAUUUCGGACGAGGAACUGACGUCGACCAAGACACGUACAACUACUUUUUGAACGUAAUCGAGAUGAUGCGAUCGCAAGAAGACCCCAAAAAUCUCGAGGAAAAGGAAAUUCUCGCCAACAAUGCGUUAGAAGAUCGCAUGGAAAGCAUCAAAAAUCUCGUAAUGAAUCAAGUUUGCAGUCGUGCCGUCGAAUUUCUCAUUCCAUUUUUGAACGCGGAGCUUUUUGAGGGGAUUUGCGGCGUUUUUUCCAGCGAUUUUCGCGUUACUUGUGUCGAUCAGUACGCUUCGCAUGUUUUGGAGAAAUUAUUGGAAGUUUCUCUCUUGCGUUUCGUUAAAAGUCAGUUGGGAGAAAAAAAAGAUUUGCCUUCGGAUGAUGAAAUUAAGCACUGCGUCUCGAGCGAAUUCGAGGAAGAGCAUAAAAUAAAAUGCGGCGAAUUUGUUUUAAAAGUUGGAAAAUUUCUGAUUAAUAAUUUAGAAGACUUUGCAACUGAUUCAUACGCCAAUCACGUUAUUCGAAAGGCUCUUCUUUGUCUCGCUGGAUUAUUGAAACAAAAUUCCGGAAAUCAGGGAAAAAAUCCGAAAAAAACGAAUCCGAGUCACAAAGAGGAAUUUUUGGCAUUUUCUGUUCCUGAUGAAUGGACCGAAGUUGUGAAGGAAUAUGCGGAACGUUUACAAAAAUGGCCCAUGUUUUCGGAUUUUCCAUACGGGGAACUCACUUCGGGACUUUUGCAGAAUUUAUGUGUUGCCUUAAAAUACACCGACAAGAAUUUAUUGAAGUCCUUUGGGAAGAAAAUCCUUCACGAAGGUUUUUUAAAGCCCGAAAAUGGCGAAGAUGACAAAAAAGACGAUGCUUCAACGAGUCUCCCGAAAGCCUUUUGCAUGGAAAGUAGCAUUCGAUUGCUUGAAACGCUUCUUUCGGUUGCCGGACCAAAACUUUUGACCCAAUUAAAUGCCAUGCUCUUCACAGGACGCUUCAAAAUUUUGUGUCUUCAUCCCUCAGCGAACUUUUCCGUGCAAAAAUUACUGCUGAAUGUGCGCGAAGAAGCCGAAUUCAAUGCGAUUUUCGAUGAAAUUCAACCUUUGAUCGAGGAAAUUUUGCAACACGGAUUCACGGGAGUCGUUUUUGCGCUCGCUCAAGCGUGUGAAAGGCUCAAACAGAAACAAGGACAGUUCAUUCAAGUGCUUCAAAAAGUGCUGAAAUGCGAGAAAAAUCCUCCGGUGAACUUUUUUAUUUGUGUGACGAAGUUGAAGCCGUCAGAUGUGUGUGCGAAAGACAAUUCGAACUUUGUGCAUUUGCAUGGAUCGUUAGUAACGCAGCAGAUUUUUGGGUUUAACAAGCCGAUAAAGUUCAUACAAAACAUGCUGGAGGUCAAAAAUGACGUUCUUGUGAAGAUUUUCUGUGAUCCGAAGGGAAGUCAUAUCGUGGAUGCCUUUGUUAAGAGCAAAUUUGUGGGAGAACAGUCGAAAUUGAAGCUCGUGAAGCAUUUAGAGGGACAAUUUCUCAAAAUGGCUCUCUCAAAACAUGGAUCACAAGCUCUUGAAGUUCUUUUCAACGCUGUUCCAACAAAACUAAAAACUCCUGUCUUAGAUGAGCUCGCCGAGAACUACAAUCAACUAAAUGGAUCUCCAAGCGGGCAAAUUAUCUCAAAAAAAUUACAUAUUGAAACAUAUAAAAACAAUCCAAAGCGAUGGGAAGCGAGUUUCGAGAAAAGCGGAAAGGCACAGGAGCUAUUUAAGGACAUUCUUGAUUAAGUUUUUUGUAUUUAUUUCACAGAAAAUACAUUUUAUCAAAGAA